CUUUCCAAGUCUCAUUUCGCCUGAAAUUUGGCGUGUAAUACACCAUGUCAACGAACGGUCCGUCCAGCACCAACCCGCCACCUCUCGACGUGGACGAAACCAUGCGGCAGGCCGUUGAUAGGUUCCGCACGCGCAUGGCGGCCGCCAACCGACAGUUCAUCCAGGACCGCAUCGAUGAGAUCGACGCCCGCGGACUCGCAACCGAGAAAGAGAGAAUUCGUAUGAUUCAGAGGUGGCGCCAUUUCGGAGACUUAGACCAAGACGAACCAGCCAGUGCCAGCAACCCCGAGGCGCGCCACGUUAGCAACCAGUUCCGGCAGACGCGGGAGUUGGCGGCAGUGCCCGCGCUGCUGGAGGAGGACACACGCCCUCUGUUCGCCAUGGACGGGGUCCACCCGCCGCGCCUCCGCACGCCGGAAGCCCGCCAGAUCUUUCUCGACACCCUGCAGCAAGUGUUCCAAAGGCAGGCGGAGGAGUGGGCGGCCGCCGAGGGCGAGGAUGUGGCCUCGGAGCCGAUCCCGCGCUGUGAAGAGCUGGGCCGGCUGUUGACGUAUGCCCAUGAGGUAGAAGACCCGGACUUUCGCCACUCGGGCGUCGCCCCCUUCAAGGCGGGACUUUUGGUGCUGCGCGGCCGGUAUGGAUCCCUUCCCUGUCUGGACACGCAGGAGCAGCGAGACCAGUACCAUGCGCAUGUGCGCGAGCACUGUGCGCGGCUGCAGGCAAGAUUGGAGGGGGAGAACUCGGCCCUGAUCAACAAGGCCAAGAUUCCAGCCUUCCCGGAUGAGGACCUGGAGGUCCGGGCGGGUGUGAUCAUGGGCACCGGCUACGUGGGGGAGUAUCCGAAGUGGCACAGUGCGUACCUCUACUGCCGGAAAUAUCCAGAGGAGGAUAUGGAGGGGAUCAAUUUUCAGGAUGAAGGCAUCCCGGACACCCCCAAUAUUCGGGAGUGGGGGUGGCGCGUGGUAUUUAUGGAGGAUGAGGUGACUCCCGUCUUCGAGCCGCACGUGCUCUACGGACGGAAGCCACGCUUUGACUCGAUCCCGGAGUUCCUGGACUGGUACGCGAGCUGGUGGGACAAAUUGGACGCCCGCGGGCUGCUCAGUCUCCGCCGGCAUCUGAAAGGAUGUGAGACUGAUUGCGAGUCGGACUGUGAUAUGCACGAACCAUAGUACUAGGAUUCUGGUCAGCUUCGAACGAAAGAAGACAAUGCGAGCAAGCUGGGGCUCAGAUGAGGGAUCAAGGGUCGGAGUAGCGAUCUUCGAGACCCUCUUUGCUAUAUUCCGAGAGUAGCACGUAUUUUAGUAGACAGGUAUUUCUCAGUUUCAACCUGGCUUGCUCAUCUCCCAGGUGGAAUCAUUGUUGAACAGAAAUGGAGGACUUUGAGCUCAUUAUGACCUCGAGAAAGAAU